AUGUCUGAUAUGUUAGAAGUCAAUGUCCUCCGCGAGGAACUCACCAUCUUACGGACUCGGCUAGAGACCCUGGAAACAAGAGUGGCAACAAUUCUUCCAUCUCAUGUUCAACUACCAAGUCUCAAACUUGCAAAAGCCAAGGAGAAGCCGGAGGAUAUCAAGGAAACGAUCUCGCCAAAGUCCUCGGCUCAGCUCAUGAAUCAAAGUCAUGGAACCCUUCGAAGCCGUUCCUUUAAGGUGAUGAGACAUCUCAUCAGCGUGGUGGAUGUCUCGCGUGUUGAAGAUGUUGUGAGGAAGACCAAGAAGCCCCUGCCUAAUCUUCAAGAUCCGGAGACCUCGCUAGCUAAAACGAUCAGGACAAGACCUCAGCAAACGAAGACAAGUCCUUGUUCUAAGUCCGACUCAGAUGUUCAGGAGCUCGGAAGCAAUGUUGAAAAGACACACACAUGUACAUCGUCAAAACCUAUGAAAGCAUCACCGGACAAGAAGGCAGUGCCUUGUUCUAAGUCCGGUGCACCUCGUGUAUAUCAUCCUACUUUCUAG